UUGGACCACAUGUCCCCGCAUGUCUACAUGCCAUUCUUUCUAUUCUUCUCAACCCUAAGCAUAACAGAAUCCCUCGAUUCUCUGGAGAAAGGCAUUGGUCGAUUAGUAAUGGAAUUGCCAUUCCUAACUGGGGAGGUCGUUAAGUCGAACAGGCUCGAACACAAAGCAAACGUGAUGGAAGUUCGGCCAUCUGAUGCCUCAACCCUAAGGGACCAUCCAAUUCUACGUAUCAGAUAUCAUGCGCAAUGUAUUGAGCUGCAUAAUGUUCGUUCGACCGUCACCAUUAUUUCGCGCGACAACCUUUCCAAUGAAAAUUUUAUACCCGUUCCAUUAGCCAUUCCUCCACCCGAGCCUUGUCUCGUGUGUCGAUUCCAGGCGAAUGUCAUGACUGACGGAAUAAUUUUGGCGAUUACCCUUUCUCAUCGAGUAACAGAUGGCUAUGGAAUGAGCUUAAUUUUACGGUAUCUUGCUCAAUGCUGUCAUGAUCCUACUAGAAAAGACGGUCUAUUACCAAUUAACCCUUCCAACGAAACACGUUUGCGACGCCAGCUCUUUGUGAUCAAUUCAGAGUUAUCCGAAAAGCCCCCAUGGACGGGCGAGUCAUUCUUCACUCAGAGCGCGCCAGUUCUUGACGAAGAAGUAGUUAGCCGGAAGAUAAAGUUGCAUUCAACAAAGAUAAAACAGCUAAGAGAUUCUUGCAAUUUUUUCUUUCAAAAUAUGCCUCAAGGAAUUGAUAUUGAUAAUAGCUGUGACUGGCUUCAAAGAUCAGAGCUCCCAAUCUUUUCGAAUAAUGACAUCGUCACGGCACUGACAUGGCUCUGUAUCGCGCGAUCGCGAUACAACUCACUAAAGCCGAAUAAAGAAAGUGUUUUGUUUAUGCCUGUGGACGUGCGAACUAUUUUAAAACCAACAUUAUCAUAUUCCUACGUAGGAUGUUCGGUAUUAGGGGUAUUAUCUGAGUUCAAUCUUGGAAUUCUCGAUGAACCUCAUAUGAAUGUCCCAUCGAUUGGGAUCCUAGGGCUAGAUAACAGUGACAUAUAUCUGUUAUCUCGUCUCGCAUAUAUUAUCCGGAAUAAUCUGAGUGUCAUUGAUGACGAAUACGCCCGACGUGUGAUAUCUACUAUUUUGAAAGCCUCAGACUGGGACUCGUUCCAUCUGAGUGUUCCAGAUGUUGUAGUUAGCAACCUCAGAUACUUACAGGUUUACCAAGAUUUUGGCUCAGUCCUCGGGAAACCAUUUGACUUUGACAUCUGUGACACCAGGGUUGAUGGGAUGAGCUGGAUAUUACCAAAUCGGUUGAGGUCUACGUCAGUUCAGCAUCCGUUCGAGUUGAGAGUAUCGUUGCGCACGUCUGCUAUGCGCAAACUGCAAAGUGAUAGAUUGAUCCUGUGGGCGUCAAUGAGUACGUCAACGCAAAGUAAAUUUUAGAAGUCAAUAGAAUAUUUUAGUUCACA